GUGCAGAAAAAAUACGCUGGAAACGCAACUACAUUAGCUCAAAAUAUACAGGGUGGCGCAUCGAAACAGACGCAUUUACUGGCAGCUCAGUUUUUUUUUGAAGAUCAAUACAUGUUAUUAUGGAAGGAAUGUGUUUUCGAUGUUGUCCUUCAAACCGUGUUAGGUAAUACGAAAGAAAUGCAAAACUUGAGGACAGAUAAGUAGAAGGAAGAUUAUUUUGAAUAAUGAAAUUAAGCGAUUGAUACAAUUACUGAGACAGAUAGAUGUUGGGAGAGAUGUGAUCUCUUUCCAAUUUUUCGCAGUUCAACAAGUAUGCAUAAGUACGCUAAGUUGCUUGACAACUGCUUUUUUGUUCAUGCAAUUGUCUGUCAUAAAAAUGUCUCUGUCUAGGAACUGAAUGUCAUUAUAUCCCACUGAAUGCCCUGUAGGGUUAACAUGUGAAGCUAAAGCACAUCUUUCUGGAUGCAGUCUGUAGUCACUUUUAUGUGAGGUUAUUCUACCUUUUAACGAUCUAGAAGUUUGACCUAUGCGAAAGAACAGUUCUUGCUUUUGAUGGAAUAGACAAUAUUGGAUAAACUAGGCGGAGGAACUCUAACGUUCAUUUUGGAAAAUACAUUGUUAGCUGUGAGGGCCGAUUUGUAAGCAAUACGACAAUUUAAAGUGUUGCAAAGUCUAGAAAGUUUCGGUGUUAGGUCUUUAAUAUAUGGGAGGACUGCAAAAUUAAUUCUGGAAUUUGAAUGAACGUCUGUAUUGUUAUUAUUGUUGGAAUGAUUGUCAUUAGUAUUAUUGGAAGGAUUUGGGUUAUUGUUGUCAUUAUUGUGUGAGAGCGGUGUAGCUGUAGGAAAGCUGCAUAUAAUUCUGUGAAUCAGGUAUCUGGGAUAACCAUUAUCAAUGAAUAAUUAUAAUUAUAUGAUUUUAAUUAUUUGAUAAUUUUAUUCCUUGUUGAGCGUUCUUCUUGAGCAAGAAGCAACAAGAAAAGACAGACCUAACAUUUUGUCGAGCAUAUGUAUAUCUUAUGACACCAGUGGAAGAGGAUCAAAUACGAAUCUACUUGCAGUAUCUGGAUGAAACUAUGUAUAGCUUAUUUGACAGAACUGUUGAAGAUGUGAAUAGGAAUGAAACUUUGAAGCGAGUUAUACUAACUCAAAAUAAUUAUAUUUUGGAUGCGCUGGCCCAUGAAAGAGAAUACCUUAAAAUCAGAAAAAUGGCGUCAAGUAUCGAUGCGAGCUACAAAUGCAUUAACUGUGAUGGUGAGUCUUCUGACAGUUCUCUAGAAACCAUUGUGGAUUCAACAAAUAGAGAAGACGCACCUUACUCUAUUCAAUAUGAAAGACUAAAACGUGAAAAUGAGCUGUUAAGGAAGCUAUUACAUGAAAUGGAAGAAGCGCAGCCAUCAAGCGACAAGAAGGAAAAAGUGUAAACAGUCUCAUGAAGACAACUACGCGACAGAUAAAAUCAAAUCCAGGGCGGAUGGUCGGUAGAACAUGGAACGGCAGGACAGUCACAACAGCUGUUGCCGGCAGUUCGCAUGAUACCUCCGGUACCACUAGAUGCGAUUCGGACGAGGCUUGUCACAAGACCACUGUUGCGGAUAACGCAUGGAUCGAUGUCAGGCGCUCUGGCAACAGGGAGAUCCAAAGCAAUA